UUUGUCCAAAUCGCCGGUAAAUUUCGCAUACUGAUUAUAAUCUCGCACAAAACGCGUAAAAACAGACUAUCUGGACUUUACGCGUUAGUAGCCCAAUCCACAAGUUCUAAACUUCAUUGGCGUUCCAUUCCCACUUCGGCGUGACGCGACGAUGACAUCACAUCACGAACAAUUCUAUCUGUCUCGCUCGCCUCGCGCUCGAACAGAACGAGUGAGCGCGUCGCGUCAGGCAGGAGGACUCAACGACGUUCGGCACCACCACGGGCAUCAUAACAUACCUGAACACACUCCGGGCUUUACCACCAGUGGGAGCGCACAGUAGUAGACUGAGAUUGCGAUCUGACGAGCCUCAACACACCGCCUCCGGUUCGCUUCGCAAAGUAAACGAGAUUUUAUGCUAAAGUUUCCAGGAUUUGUUUAACCUCCCGCGGACGAGAGCGGAAUGAGCGCCGUUACGAUGAUAAACUGUUGCCUGAUUCUCGGCGCGUGUCUGCUGUCCAGCCAAGCGGUCUGGAGUCAGCGUGUUCGAGUGGAACCUGAGGUCACUGCGUAUCCAAAUGGAUCUGUCAAUCUUCGCUGUGAGUUCACCAACAGUGGAAUCACCAAACUCACACAGGUUUCGUGGAUGUUUGAGCGCGUGGAGGGUGAUAGGCACAACAUUGCUGUGUUCCACCCCCAAUAUGGAGCCAGUUUCCCUAAUAAAGGGAACUUUGAUGGCCGAGUAUCGUUCACUCAGAACUCCCUGGAGAACCCCUCCAUUAGGAUCGACAAACUGAGGAUGGCUGAUGCUGGCAGGUACAUCUGCGAGUACGCCACCUACCCCAGCGGAAACGAGCAGGGGACUACCACUCUUAUCAUGCUGGCCAAACCCAGAAACUCAGCUACCGUCAUCCCGGUGCGAGCCAGCUCUUCUGAAGUGGUUGUGGCAAGUUGCGAAGCAGCCCAAGGAAAACCAGAGGCAACAAUCUCCUGGAUUACAACCAUUGCCGGCCGCUAUAAUCACACCUCAGUGCCCGAGAGGGACGGGACGGUCACUGUGAAGAGCGAGUAUAGGAUGAUCCCGACGCCUGCUGAAAACGGCAAAGAAAUCACCUGUGUGGUGAAUCAGAGGACGCAGGUCGAACCCAGACCCUUCCCGCUGAAGCUGGUGGUGGAGUAUCCACCCACUGUGACAAUAGAAGGAUAUGACAAUAACUGGUAUAUGGGUCGGACUGAUGCCGUGUUGACCUGCCAAGCGGAUGCCAAUCCAGCACCUACUGAUGUUAGCUGGACAGUUGCGUCGGGUCAGUUGCCACCUUCGGUUCGAGUGGAUCAGAACCGGCUGCUGGUGAGGAAGGUGGACGAAACGGUGAACACCACUUUCGUGUGCGAGGUGAAGAACAGUCUGGGAUCUGGCAAGAAAGAGCUGGUCGCCAUGGUCAUCGAAUCGACUGAAGACCCGUCCAGUGCUGGCGUGAUGGCCGGAGCCAUUCUGGGAAGCUUCUUGGCCUUCAUUUUGGUCAGCGCGUUGGUUACUGUGUUAGUGAUGCGAAGUCGCCGCCAUCAGCAUAGAUAUUCGGGCGAUGGUGAGCAAGGCACUUAUGGCAACAAAACCCGUCUUUUUGGAGGCAAGAAGGCAAACAAGAACGGCGCGGGGGCCAGCAAUAAUGGGCCAAUCUACACAUACCGCGAAAGCGAGCCAGGUGCCCUGACGGAGAAAUGCAACGACUUUCCCCACAUUACCGGAAGCACGCCAAGCGCCCAUGACAUUCUGCUGAGCGGCGAGAUGAAUGAGGCCAAGCGCAGGAAGUUCGACGCACUGAACGACAGCCUGGAGGAUGAAGAAGAGGACGAGAGGUACGACCGCUUUAGCGGACUGCCGCCCAGCUAUCAAAUCCAUGGGCACGAAGACGAGUGCACACCUUACCUGGACGACGACAUGGAAUCCCAGCGAGACGGGUCAAUAAUUUCCCGGACUGCAAUUUACGUCUAGAGGAAGCAGAUAAUAAACCUGACUAGUAUUUACUUGACCUUUUAGAAUAAAAAGACUGAAACAGAGGAGCGGAAGCAGAAUGGUUAAUGUCACAUCUGUGGACGAAAGCAUUAUCAAACCGAAAACACAAAUUAAUGCUGCUUUCCUCACGAUGCGUUCUUUGAAUGCAUAAUACAGACUAUAAAUAAGAGUGAUUUUGUUGUUGUGUAACUGUAACUUCCUGUUAACGCCCAUUCUAGCCAGAAUCCAUCUUUCCGUGGUGCGUUCACUCCCGUGAGCACAAUACUCAAGUAGGUUCUUUGAAGUGGAAAGAAAGCCUUGUGAUUACCCAUACAGGAUUGACAAUGCUACGUCGCAUGAGUGUCACAGCAAGCUGUGACCUAGAAGCUAAGGCCGUUGUCUCCAGGUUGCAUAUUCCAGGAUUCUUUUAUCAAAUCCCGGGAAUGUCGUCUUUGAGAACAGCUGGAUGUUUUGUUGGUGAAACAGAAAACAGGCAACGCAGUGCUUACUCCAGCAUCUGGGUCAUUCAUCUGCUACAGCGAUCAACUCCAGCUGUGAACGCUUUAAACUUUCCCUCACCAUUUUUUAGCUCUCGUUCAUUAAUCGGAGGUCUUGUUAGGCUAAAGAAAUUUUCUGAAUGACUCGAGGGGUUCUAGGCAGAGGCGUAAUAGUGUUUUAGUUUUUUCCCUCUCCAUACUCUCCUGUCAACCUCUGCAGAACGAUCUGUUCCGGGCCAUGUUUAUUUCAGAAGAGUGUUGUGCAUUAGCCGUGUGUGUUUUGGGCUGAUGCAUGUUUUUUUCUAAACACCCGAUUAAUCCAGUUAUAUCAAACCCAUUGAAUGCAACAUCUGAAAACUGCAAACGCGAGCACGACUAGCAUCAGAACGAAUCCUUCCAGGAGGAAAUAGGCUCGGAGUCUGUAACUGUGUUGUCUUUUAACUUCACUAAAACAGAUUAAGGAGAUUAAUGCACAUCGUAGAUUGGCGGCAAAGGCUGGGACUGCAAGUGACGUGCCUUUGAGUGUGAGAUUAUAUGGACGGUCGGAGCGCUUGACGGACCUGGGAGAGUUAAGCCAGGCGGCAUAUGCUGCCCAGUUCAACGUCCACAACGAUGUUGAAACGAUGCCAGCUGUAAAAAAAGGUCAAGGGGCGACACGCUCUCACCGUAUGUUCGCCAGCGAGAUUAGGUCACUCGCUUUACUGAGCGGGUCAACAGCUUGUUUUGAAGCUUCGUGCAUAAGCCAAAUUUUUUGGGACUACAAAAAAUACAUUUUGGACAAUUACAUGUGUGUAACAAUGUGCGUCCAGAUGUGGAUUCAUUAGUCUCUGGGUUGUCAGCAAGUGCGUGCUUUGCAUAAUGUUGUGCUGCUUGUAUGGAUGCUUCGGCAGUGCUUUGAAUUACUUGAGCUGUGACUCAUUCAUCCUUGGUUUCACAGCAUCGAGCCUUCAGUGGAGGGAGGUUAGAGUGACAAUGACAAAGGAGCAACACACUCACCGAUGUGACGCUACCCAGACAGAACUCCAUAUCCAGCAAAGCAGAUAUAGCAUGAGUAAUUUGGAGAUUAUACUAUCUGGACCCAGUGACUGUAAAGGCAGUAGUUACUCUAGUGUGUUCAACCACACUGCAGACUUGCAAGGGUUUAUCCCCACUCCCUAAAGCGCUUCAAGUUGCAUCACUGCACUGAAAAAUAAGGAUGGGAAAGCUACUUUUCUGAGAGCUGCUAAGGCCUUGAAAUAUUCAAGGUAAUAACGACGACAAACUGAAGGAAACGGGGAACUUAUGAAUAAUGUGUUGUUAUUAACUUCACCUGUUUAGUCUGAAUUUGGAGUCAAUGUCAGGCAGAAU